UUAUGAAUUAUAUCCCUUAAACAGGAGUGAGGAAGUGUGCUGAUGACUGGGAGUACUUCGAUGGAGCAUGUUACCACUUCUCCACUGAUGUGAUGAACUGGACUGAGAGCAGAGAUGCCUGUGUGACUAUAGGAGGACAUCUGGUCAUCAUAAACAGUCAACAAGAAAUGGAUUUCCUGAAGGCCAAGAGGGAAAAUCACUGGAUUGGUUUAACUGACGCUCAGGAAGAGGGCAAAUGGCGCUGGGUGGACAACACACCCCUCACAAACCCAAAGUUGGUUUUGGGGCCACACGCAGCCAGAUAA